UCACUCCGGUCUGGCUGAGCAAAGGAGGCGGACGGAGCGGAGCCAUUCAUUCAUCUGCGGUCCCGGAGAAAACGUGGAGGAUGAGGAGACCCUGAGAAAGUCCAGCCACGUCCGAGUUCUGGUAACCCCGAACCGUUCAAACCCGAGAGGAAACAAAGAGACGUGGUCUCCCCCCACUUUCUCUGAGAUCUCCGAGCGUCCACGUUGCGCGCAGCCAGCACCCUGACAUCAUCUGGUUUCAUCUGAAGAAACUUGUCUUCAUUCAGCAGUAGAAUCCACACAGGAGGUGUGUCUGAUGUGACGCCAGCGGGCUGGCUCAGGGAGCACUAUUUCAGUACGAUGUAGACACAAAACAUCAGGCAGCAGAAAAGUCUGAAGAGAAAGCUGAGAGACGGAGAGAGAGCUCCAGGAGGGGGAACGAAAGCUGAGCUGGAACGACGUCAACAGAAGAUAAGGAGUGAAAGAAUUGUGGAGGAAAGCUGUGAAUCAUUAACCUUUAGCCUUUUGUUGUUGCUCCUGUGAAGAGUUCACUCUCUCACUGCCGCUGGGAAAGGAUCGCAACUUCAGCUCUGUUCUGUACCCACAAUCCACCUGAGACACACCGAGCCACCGUCAGCAUGUGCCAUGUGAUUGUCACCUGCCGCUCCAUGCUGUGGACCCUGCUGAGUAUUGUGGCAGCAUUCGGCGAGCUCAUCGCCUUCAUGAGCACUGACUGGCUGGUGGGAUAUCCUCGCACACCCGAUGCCGUCUUCGGCCCCCAUGGGGCCACCGCAGCCGGUGAGGCCUACAGGCCGACUUUAGGCAUCUACGGCCGCUGCGUAAAGCUGCCCCACACACAUCGGGGGGUACUGUGUGGACCGUACGCCGUUCACUUUGGGGAAAUAGCCAGCGGGUUCUGGCAGGCGACUUCAAUCUUCCUGGCAGCAGGGAUCCUACUGCUGUGUGCCGUGGCGUUCAUCUCCGUCUUCACCAUGUGCUUCCAAAGCAUCAUGAAGAAGAGCAUCUUCAAUGUGUGUGGACUUCUUCAAGGGAUUGCAGGUCUGUUCCUGAUCCUGGGUCUGAUGCUGUACCCCGCUGGCUGGGGUUCGGACAAGGUCCAGGUGUACUGCGGUCCGGACUCGGCUCCGUACCGGGCCGGACUCUGCUCCAUGGGCUGGGCCUUCUACACGGCAAUGGGAGGCACCGUGCUCACCUUCAUCUGUGCCGUCUUCUCCGCUCAGGCCGAGAUCGCCACCUCCAGCGACAAGGUCCAGGAGGAGAUCGAGGAGGGCAAGAGCCUGAUCUGCCUCCUUUAGGCUCUGAUGACACUUUGAAAUUAGAAGGAGAAAAAAGAAGCAGAUCCACCUCUGCUGCUCUGUUACUCGUGAGUCUGGCCUGUGAAAACGGAGGCGGCUGCAUGGUUUACCACUAAAACUGACUCUUAUUUUGUCUCGUGUUCGUGUGGGAGAGAUCUGCAAGUGCCGAGUUUUUAUUUCUCAGUCUUCUGACACUAGAGGUGCUGUGUUUGUUCUUGUAUUCAUGUAAAGCGUGUGGGUGCCCAGAGGGGCUUCGUCUGCCACCACACGCUCUGUAAAUAAAUAUGAUUAUAUGUAUUUUGUACAUAGUUAUGAUUCCAGAAUGAUGGUAAUCUUUUAUCCUGGCUGGGCUGAUGAUGUCACUCUUGCCACUUUUGGGGGAAAAAGAGGUGUUUUUGUGCCAGCAAACCUGGACUGCAAACUGUUUGUCACGUGUGAGUAUUAACUCAACAAGAGAACCACUACUCAGUCAGAAUAAGCAGCCUUGAACUCAGAGUGGAUGUCUAGAGCUGGCAGAAUGUACUAUUUGAAUGCCUAAAAUGUGUUUUUAGACAGCUGAAAUGUAUUAAUGGGAAGGACUGCUCACUUGGACUUCAAGGACAAGCAAAGGAAGCUCUGGGAAGGGUCUGGUCCUCGCUGAACAGACAUCCCGUAAUCUCUGCACACAGACGUGGACUGGAGCGAUGACGACACAAACAGAUGAAGUAUUGCUGUUGCUAGUACUGUCUGCUUUCAGGGAGUGUGUGUGUGUCAAGUCAUAGAUAGUCUCUUAUCUAUUGGGAUUUGUUUCUGCCAAACAAAUAAAGAGAAGGGAAAACUAA